AGUUUGCCAGCUCCAGGUAGGCUAAACAAGUGGCACAAAUUGAUUUGCAACGACUCCAGUGAUAUCGUCAACAGAUGUAUCACUCUUCACCUCUCCACAUUCAAUGUCAGUUUCAUUGUGUACUUUUCCCCAUAUCAGAAGCACGCAAGGGAGUUCCAUAAUUUCCAUUUAAAAUGUCCACUUGCGCAGCACUCGAGACCCAAGAACUGAGCAUGCGUAAAACCCUUCGCUUGAUGUAUUUUUCCAUAAGUAAAGUCGACAAUAGAAUGCAGUUUAAACCACCUCAGAUCAACUUUAUCUAAUGCGCUCUAGAGCGCCUAAAGUCGUUUUCCCUGUGCGUUGUCUUCUUAUUUCUUGAUGCGCGUCAGUACUAGUGCGUUAAUAUGUUUUAUUGAAAAAGCGUUUUAAAUAGUUGUCUCCAUAAUGACAAUCUAAAUAGCCUAGCUACAACUGGUAAAAGUUGUCAUGACGUGCGCGCCUGCUGCUCUGUCUCCACUCACUCACGUGACUCAGCUGCCUGCUGCAGCGCUCAGUCUCAACAUACUUUUUUACCCCCGAUAGUAAGCGGCAGCAGGUCACAGUGAAAUAUAUAUAUUUUAAGAAAAAUGCCAUGGCGGCCCAGUGCAAUUUAGAAAUAGCCCAAAAACCCGCAACCCGCGAUCAAUACAGUUUAACCGCGACAUCGUUUUCAAAGUAGCCCAAUUUGGCGGCAAAUUGCGGACAUGGCAACCCUGCCUGCCAGAGUUCCGCGGUAUAAAAACAGAAUAAAGAUAGAAUUCGCGUUGCUGGGAACUACCAUCAACAAUACAUUAUGGGAUGUAUACGUCACUGUUGCCAUAGCCACGUCUCUGUCAAAAACACAGGUCUCAUUUCUUGUGUCAGGGGAGGCUAAAAUAAACGAUGGCUGAAAAAAAGUUCAAAGGAGCCCCGUUUGGAACACAGACGUCGAGGUUUGAUGUGUCAGCGGUCCAUCCAGCCAAUAAGAUAGUAGGUACCUACACAGAGAUCCCCUACUGCAAAAAGAUGACCAAUGACCUGGAGAGGCGGCUGGGCCCGGGGUCGUAUGAUGCUGCAGGCCGUGGGGACUUCAGUGAACGGUCGGUGGCAGAGCGGGCCAAAGGGCCAGGGUGGCAGAGGGCCCAGGAGACCGCCAGGCUGGCAGCCAUACCUCACCUCCUCUACAGGGAGGCCUGGGAAAACAAACGCUUCCUGAAAACUAAAGUGGGUCCAGGAACCUACAGAACAGCAGACUUUAUAGAGGAGCUGCAGAAGAAACCAGGCAGUAUAAGAGGAGUGUGUGACAGCAGGGAAAGAGCGGUUCAGAAAAGCACAGAGGGCAGGAGGACACAAUAUGUUAUCCUCAGCAUGCACCUCAGCUCCUCGCUGCAACGCUUCCCAGAAGGCAACAGUACGGACUGUGGGCUGAGUCCCUGUACCUAUACUCUAAAGAGCAGCACAGAGGCGUUGUUGGCCAGCGGCAGCAGCAGGAGAGGCGCAUAUGACCUCUUCACUGGACCACGAGACAAACCCAUCACCGCUGGAUACUUCGCUACCCCGAAGUGUGUAAACCUGACUCCAGGGGAGUACCCUAGUGUGUGUGUGGGCUUUGGAGAGGAGAUGUGUCGUCGUGAAAAGCGGAAACACGGUGUGUUUGGAAUGUUGGAUCAGUACCCAGUUGUUCCAACAGAGAGAAUCUACCACAGCACCCCGUCCCAAUGCCCUCGACCUGCUACGUUCCCAGGGCCAGGGUGGUAUGAGGCCGUCCCUCCACAGUCCCGUCCAGAGAGUCACACCCAUCCCCCCUUCCUAUCCUCUGCCCCCCGUGCCAGCCGCAGGACAGAGAGAGUGCAGAAUGGAAAUUAUAGCAUGGUUGGUCCUGGUCGUUAUGACAUUGCAGAAAAGGGGUGGAGUAAGACUAACAAUGGCCACACCUCCUCCUUCAGUUCCCGGACACAGAGAUAUCUUCACAAACCAGACAGAGACAAACACACACAGGAGAGGUUGCGUGCGAUAAAUGUUCCGGUGGACAGACGGAGUUUCCUGGUGCCGGUGCCGCCGGGAAGGAACACUUUGAUGAAAUCAGCUUAGACACACACACACACACAAACACACACACACAUUGAAGCAGCAUGCAACAAAGACUCCGGAUACAUGUUACAAACCAUCAGAUUUCAAGUUUAGUUUUUCAACUAUAUUAAAAUCAAUAUUGAUCAA